CAUAUAAUCAGACAACAAUUGACUAUGGAUUUAAACAAUCGAUUUCUGUAGAUAAAUUAAAAGUUAUUCGAAAUAUGCAAUAUGUUUAUUUUCUUGCUAAACAUCAUUAUGCAACUCAUGGUUUACAAGAUUUAAAAAAAUUAUAUGAUCGACAAUUUGAUGAAGAAAGUAAUGAAGCAUUAUUUGGACCAUUUAUUGGUUUGAAAAAAGUGCAAUCUUUUGGUGAUUCUCCAAUUACAGUAUCUUCAGAGUAUGGUACAUAUGAUAAUGAUGUUUCUGCACGUGAAUUUAUAGAAGCAAUUUCAUUUGUUAUUGAAGAAAGCUUAAUUAAAAAAAUACAAAGUUCAUCAUAUUGGAGUAUCCAAAUUGAUGAUAGCAAUACAAUUAAACAGGAAAAAAUAUUGGCUAUUGUUUCUAGACAUUUAUCUAAUAAUUAUCCAAUUGCACGUUUUUUGGGUAUUAUUCAAUUAGAAGAUGCAGCUGCACGACCAAUUGUUGAUAGUAUUAAUCGAUUUUUAUUAGCAAAAAGACUUGAUAUAAGUAAUAUAUUUCAUAUUGGAAACGAUGGUGCUAGUACAAUACUAGGGAAAAAUAAUGGAGUUGCUUAUAUUUUUAAAAAACAAAAUCCAUUUCUUUUAGAACACCAUUGUAUUGCUCAUCGAUUGGCUUUAGCAGCAAAGGAUGCUGCUAAAAAACGAAUGAUUAAUCUUCAAUUAAUAGAAAAAAAAUUAGAAGAUCCAAAUUUAGUUCUUCAAAUUAUUAAUACUCGAUGGCUUUCAUUAAGUAAUGUAGUAUCUAAUUUGCAUCGAAUUUUAGAUUCUGUAAAAUUAGCAUUAGAAGAUUUUUUAGAAAAUGUU